AUGAACACGUCCGCCGAGGCGACGAUAUGGGAUACACAUACGGCCGAACUCCUCCUCGCUGAAAUCCUUGGGUUCCCACCCCAAAUGUUUCUUGAUGACCUUACCAAUAUCGCUCAUAGCAACGUAAGAAUGACUGUGGAAGCCGUUGAGUUGUUCCUCCGGCAUUGGAUUGACAAGCAAGACAGUUCAAAACUCGACGCACUAAAUAAAGAACUGGAAACUGGGAUAGCAGCUUUACAGACGCUUCUUGACUCGCACACGGACUUGGCAUUCGAUCUAUUUGAAGCUUGGGCAUGGCGGAACAUCUUCGAGAUCCCUCCCAUUCCAAUGGUUACUCCGCAUCAUCAAGGAUUAGAUCUCACAAUACCAGGGGACGAAGAGACGCGUCUCCAGCGCGAGCUCAGCCAGAAAAAGCAAAAGUUGGAUGCAACGCGUCGACUUGAAGUCUUACUAGCUGACGCUGUGAAAGUGUCCGCGCAAAAGAAGAGUCUUGCCGAAAGGAACCUGAAACAACUUGAGUUCCUUUCGUCCACGGACUCGUUGAAAGAUUUGCCAGAUACCGUCACAUCGAUCGUUAACAAGAUUCAAGAACUGCCAGAUGAAGUACCGCGUAUUGGACAAAGAGACCCUGAAAAGCGGAGGUGGGAGGGCUCACAGUCCGACUUCCUUGCAUGGAGUGUCGCCAGAGCAAUCGAAAACACUCGAGGAGCCGACGAGAUCGGGCAAUUCAUCGACGAACAGACUGGUAAUGCCGCCAUGAAAUUUGUCGAAGCGUUCAAACGCGUAUAG